AGAAAUAUAACGAGAGGGCGCUAAUUAAUAAAUCAAAAUGGAAGCUGUACCUCGUCUUCCUAUGUUAUCGUGUGAAUUGAAACAAUCUCCGCCUGAAAAUACCGAAUUUGAAUACGCCUUAAAAAAGUACAUUCACACUCAUUAUCACGAAGAUCCUGAGAGUUACAAUAAAGAAAUUAAAGAUUUGGAAGCAUUGAGGCAGUCUGCUUGUAAAGUCCCUCAUGAUUUCACUGGAUGCAGCAUAUUAAAACGUUAUUAUUGUCAACUUGAUUUUCUGCAAAACAGAUUUGUUUUACCUGAAGAAAGACCUGGAUGUGUAGCUUUUACAUGGUAUGAUGUUUUUCAUUUAUAA